AUGAUUGAAAAUAAAGCAAUGGAUGGAGAUCUUAAGAAUGCAGUUCGCAUUCUUUUCUCUAGUGAUACCCUCGCACCUUUUGAUAAUAAAACGCUAGAAGCCUUACGCGAAAAGCAUCCCUUACCGAAUCCGGCGUCCUUGCUCCCAAGUCCACCUAUUUUCAAUAAUGUUUUACAGGUUAAAGAUGAAGACACCUAUGCUGCAAUUAUGUCAUUCACAAGUGGCUCUGCUAGCGGCAUAGACGGCAUCACAUCACAACAUCUUAAAGAUCUUACGGAGCACCGCACGUGCUGUGCGUGCGGCGAGCCCAUAGCUGAUCGCUUCCUCCUGGAGGUGGGAGGCGGAGCUUGGCACACCGGCUGUCUUCGCUGUUGCGUCUGCGCCAUCCAGCUCGACAGACACCCCUCGUGCUUCCUCAGGGACAGGCAGGUCUACUGCAAACAGGACUAUGCUAAGAGUUUUGGCGCCAAGUGCUCCAAGUGUUGCCGCGGAAUCUCCUCAUCAGACUGGGUGCGCAAGGCCCGGGAACAGGUGUAUCACCUGGCCUGCUUCGCAUGCGAUGCGUGUGGCCGGCAGCUGUCAACAGGGGAGCAGUUUGCUCUUCACGAGGACAGAGUACUGUGCAAACCUCAUUAUUUAGAGACGUUGGACGGGGGUUCUAUCUCAUCUGAUGAUGGUUGCGAUUCAGAAGGAUACCACAAGAGUAAGGCGAAACGGGUCAGAACAACAUUCACAGAAGAACAGCUGCAAGUAUUACAAGCUAACUUCCAGCUGGAUUCCAACCCAGAUGGUCAAGAUCUAGAGAGGAUCGCGCAGGUCACUGGCUUAAGUAAAAGGGUCACGCAAGUCUGGUUUCAGAAUAGUCGUGCUCGUCAGAAGAAGCACCAACAUACUGGAAAGGGGAAACAAAAUCAAGCGAUGUCCCGGGAUUCAGAUCCGGUGGGGUUUGGUCGGCCCAUCAACCUCCAUCUUACUUAUUCCUUUCAGAACAAACCGCCUUUCGUUCCAAUAGAUGGAACUUCGUUCACGGAUUCUUCGAUGGAUGAACUGUCGGAGGACUCAUCCAUCCACUGUAUGCAGAGCGAAGUCUAG